AUGGGCCUGAGCUCCUCCAGGGUGACCAGGGUGGCCCCAGUGCCCACCCAGGGGGAUGUGCCCGCUCUGGGCGCCCUGCGGGGGCUGCCCACAGAGCCAGACCAGGCCCCAGCCUGGGGAAAACCAAUAUUCCAGCUGGAACUGCCUCCUCUGAGGGAGACCUGGUACGGGAGAGCCGCGGCAGGGCCCCUCUCCUGGAACACCUUGCCGGGACAGGAUGGGACCAGCAUCAUCAAGCAGCACCCACCUCGAAGGCCUCAGAGGCUUGAACCUGCCAUCCCUCCCCAAGCAAUCGCUCCUGCGAAGCCCUGGAGUCGGCCAGCCGUGGCUGCAAGCCCAAAACCAAAGGUGCUGGAGAAGAAGGGGCAAGGCCUGAAUCCCCUCCCUGGCAGGAGGCAGCACUUGCACAAGCUUCGGAUGCUGGACUUGACCCGCAAGCGACGAGAGGCGGAGCUGAAGAGGAAUCUCCGCAGGGAGGCGAAAAUCAAUAAGCAAAACAUCAAGGAAUUGAGCCCCAGGGAUGUCCUUGGCACUCCCCAGAGAGGUGACAGCCCCGGCAGCCCGGACCCCAUCCCUGCUGGGCACAAUCAGCGCUCUCCUGAAGACGACCCUGGUAAGUGGAAUAAUUUUCCAAGUAAAACUCGCCAGCCCUCCUAAAUGUCACCAGAGGAGGCUGAACCCUCUCCAGGCAGGAGGGGGAAGGUUGACCUGUGGUUCUGCAGGGAGCCACGGACCAGGGAUCUGUUCUGGGACUCCUCCAGCACAGACUCAGAGGAGUGGGAAGAGAGGAUUCACCGCAAACCCACGCUCGUGAGGACCAAGACAGAGAGAAUUUCCCUCUUUGAUGACUUCUUUGACAGGGAUUUCUAG